AUUUGACAAUGUCGCGUCAGCCAUCUUGGCGUCUCAUCGCGUCGGGCAAUAAUUCGGCUCUCAUCAUUUCAAUGUGCGGAAAGUUAGACGCAUUCUAUUUCUGACAUUACGUGUUCGGUUAAUUUCUGUCCAAUUGUCCACGAUUUCAAUUAAAUUUGACCAUAUUUUGCUAAAAGUCAUGCCGAGUAACGCUCAUUCAACGGGUGCCAAUACUACACCUCUGGGCAGGGUCAAUCCAGCUCUCACCGGUGGAAGAAGACAAGCAACUUCUUCGCUUUUAAACCCGAAUUAUCUCAAUUCGGAUGAUGAAGGCUCACACGGAAGCUACGAGCAAAAAUAUGAGCCAAAGUACGAAACAAAAUACGAAUCCAAAUUUGAUCAGCCAUCUACAACUCCCAGCUACAGCUACCCCACAUCAUCUUCGUCCACUUCUGCCAGUGCCAACACCUGGAAACGUGGACUGGAAGAUAGCAACAACUCAGAUGACAAUUCACUCGGUGGAGAGAAAAAAAAGAAGAGGCGUUCACGCUGGGGUGGAGAUGAGAAAGAAAAGACCUUCAUUCCGGGCAUGCCAACUGUUUUACCAGCAAACUUGACAAAGGACCAGGAGGAGGCGUAUCUAGUCCAAUUCAAGAUUGAGGAGAUAACACGGAAACUGAGGACUGGUGAUUUAGGCAUUGCUCCCAAUCCAGAAGAAAGAUCGCCAUCACCAGAACCAAUCUACGGGACGGAUGGUAAAAGGCUGAACACCCGGGAGUACCGGAUGCGUCGUAAGCUAGAAGAAGAGCGCCACUCCAUGAUCACCAAGAUGAUUUCCUUAAAUGCUGACUUCAAACCCCCUGUAGACUAUAAACCCCCUAUGACGCGCGUCUCCGAUAAAGUCAUGAUUCCGCAAGAGGAGCAUCCGGAAAUCAAUUUUGUGGGGCUGCUGAUUGGUCCACGUGGAAACACUUUAAAAUCUAUGGAAAAAGACACUGGAGCUAAGAUUAUAAUUCGAGGCAAAGGAUCAGUCAAAGAAGGAAAAGUAGGCAAGCCUUUGCCAGGCGAAGAUGAACCACUGCAUGCCUAUGUAACCGCCAAUAGUAUGGAAGCCAUUAAAAAAGCUGUCGAUCGAAUUAAAAAGAUCAUCAAGGAAGCUGUUGAGGUACCAGAGGAUCAAAACGAUUUACGGAAAAUGCAGCUACGAGAAUUGGCCAUGUUGAACGGAACGUUCCGCGAAGGCGAGUUUGGUCCACGGUGUUCAAACUGCGGUGCCACUACUCACAAAGCAUGGCAAUGUCCCGACAAGCCUAACGUCACGAACACCGUCAUUUGCAACAAUUGUGGAGGAACCGGUCAUAUUGCUCGAGAUUGUCGAACUCCUCGUAAUUCAGCAAAUGCUGAUGGAGCACCAGGAAAUAAGAUUGAUGAAGAGUACAUGUCAUUGAUGGCCGAAUUGGGAGAGGGUCCUCCACCGAAGAGUGAAGGAUCGGGAGGCGGUACACGUCAAAGUUAUCAUGGAAGCUCUGGAUUGUUUGAUCGACAACAAGGACAACCUAGGGCCAUCACUGCUGGUCCAUCCAUGGGUGGUGGUCGAGGUGGUGGCGGCGGCCCUCCACGUGGUCCUGGACCAAAUCAACAACAAGGAGCUGCCAAUCAAUGGGGUCCUCCACAAAGCUAUGGUCCGCCGGGUCCUUGGGGCACUCCGAUGGGCGGUGGAUGGAUGGGUCACAGUGGCGGUAUGUCAUCCGCUCCUCCUCCACCCGGUACUGAAGGCGCUUCCUCUGGUUCACAACAGCAAGCGCAAUCCAACAUGCAACCAUGGAUGGGUGGGGCUCCUCAAUGGGGAGGUUGGCACGCCCAAGGCCCACCUCCACCACCCGGAGUGGCUCCACCACCUGUGCCAGGUACUUCACCUGUUGCACCUGUUCCACCACCACCAAGAGGUCCUCCCCCUGUGCCAGGCGUGCCUCCGCCAGGAUAUUACAAUUGGGGGCAACAGGCACCCCAACCCGCUUACGGAUCUUAUGGAGUUCCGCCGCCUCCUCCAGGCCAAUCGCAGCAGCAACCUCCACCUCUUCCCCCAGGUAGUGACAUGUCAAACAUGAUGGGAAUACCUCCACCACCACCCCCUCAGUAGACUUUCGGACAAACGUUUUAUUGUGUACCGUGUUUUUGGUCUCAAUUAGGCGUAAUGAAAUUAUUCAGAACUUCUAAA